GCAGGCGCAGCAGCAGUGGCGGCAGCAGGAGCAACCACCAGCACCAGCACCAUCAGCAGCAGCACCGCUACCAUCGCCAUCGCCGCCGCCUCCUCCUCCUCCCCCUCUUUCUCCUUUUGGCAGCGCCAGGACGUCCGGUGCGGUGGUGGUGCUGGUGGCGGUGCCGCUGCUGCUGGGGGCAGUGAGUCCACGAGACCGCCUCUGAAUCGUCCCGUUCCUUCAAGGUGCCGAGCGCGGAAAGCGAGCGGGAGCGAUUGCCGCGAGGCGGAAAAAAUCACCCAGCCAGCGAGGAGUCACGAUGAGCACACGAGGUGAAGGAGCCCGCGGCCAGCCCUCGACUUCUUCCGCCGCCGCCGCCGCCGCUGCCCAGGAGCAACCUGCCGCCACAGAACCGCCGAAGAGGGGACGAGGGAGACCCAGGAAGCAACCCCAAGAACCAACGGGAGAGCCGUCUCCUAAAAGACCAAGAGGAAGACCUAAAGGAAGCAAAAACAAGAGCCCCUCUAAAGCAGCUCAAAAGAAAGCAGAAGCCACUGGAGAAAAACGACCAAGAGGCCGACCCAGGAAAUGGCCACAACAGGUGGUCCAGAAGAAGCCCGCUCAGGAAGCGACGUCGGAGCGACGACAGAGAAGCGUCAGGAGCCGCCGCGCAUUUUGACCUAGAUGUGAUGGGGCUUUCACUAUCUGUGUGGAACAGGUUGAAGAGACAUCCUCACAAGAAUCUGCAGAAGAUGAUUAAAAGACCACACCUUGCAAUUUCUACCUCAUCAGCAGUUGGGUCUUUUGAAGGGAGAAGACACUGCCUUGACCACUUGCUUCUGUUGCCACAAUCUUUCUACUUUGGCCUGGGGAGGGGGGAGGAAUCACAUAACCUUAAAAAGGACUUAUUAUUCACCUUUGUUGUAAUCCCUUCACUGUCCCAGGUUUAGUGAAACUGCUGUAACACAGGGGGACACAGAUUAAUGAUGCAACAUUUGAUUACUGUUUUCUCUUACUUUUUUCCUUUAACCUACUAAUAGUUUGUUUGAGCUGCUAAGUAAGGGUGAAUGGGUCAGUAAAUCUCUGGACCAGGUUUUCAUUCAUUCACUGCACUGCGUAUAAAUAAGACUUUUGUAAAAUAUUAAUUAUAAUGGGCAUUCAAAUAGGAAGGCCUUGGUGUUUGACACCAGUCCUUACAACACCUCUGAUAACCCACUCCCUAGCUUAGUAAACUCCCUGUUUAGAACACCAAAGAUAAGGAUUAGAUACUACUCUUUUUAUAGCCUUGUUCUAGAUUUAUGCUUGAUUUUUUAAAAUAUUACUGUUAUUUCAAGAUAAGUUGAAGGCUGAUUCUCCCCCCUUCCACACACACACUUAAUUCAGCUGAUAUUCAGGAAACAAAGAAACACAAGAAAAAGGUACUUUGCAAAAAGGGAAAAAUGACAAAGAUACAUUGUAUAUUUACUAAUACAUAUAUAUCUGCAGAAGUAGUACUAAACAGAACUCAGCAGCACACCUCUCUGGGAAUUCAAGAAUAUGCUUUCUAGAGAGCCUCAUGUUGUUUAGAAAUGACUAAUGCAUCAGACCCUCUUUCAAGACAGUGAUUUAGCAACAAAAUUUUGGAUUCUUCAAUGAAUUUAAAGCAAUACCUCAGAAUGAUUCUAAAUACUAUCAUACUGGAACCAAGGGAAACGAUUCAAAUUCCUAGUUUGACUUAACCCAAUGCUGCAAGUCCAUUGCAUUGUUUCCUGAGGAAUGGAUCACUCUCUUCUUCACUCACACAUCUCAGUGCAAGAGCCAAUACCAUGUACCUCAAGUGAACUUGUUAUUACCUUUAAGCAAUAUACAUUGACACAGGUUGCUGGGCAGCUUUAUCCCAGUCAUAUGUCCCCAUGUUUUUCAUUCGAAGCAGCACUUUUAGCAACAAAUGCAAUAUUACCCCACUUUUCAAUACUACCUCUGAUAUUUACAAUUAACUCAACAUUCAUAUAAACAUUUGCUGCUAUAAUCAAACAAUGCAGGAAAUUAUUAUUGGGUAGGUAAUCAUGAAUUUCUGCAUUUCCCCCUUAUUUCUACUUCUGUCACCUAAUUGCAGUUAUGGACACAAUGCCUUUAGUGUUUUCCAGCAUAGCUAUGUAUUUUUUCUUUAAAAAUGUACUAUGCCUUUUCUCUGCUAAAUUUCUAUGUAAUGUACCAUUAACUUGAAUAUAUUUUUGUACCGAAUUGCUCAUAAGGUUUGUAAGGAUAAUUUUUUUUCAACAACACUACAUGACAUAAAAAUAAUUAACUGCAAUGAUUAAUAUUACUGUCCAAGUUUGUACCUCAAAUGAAUUUUUUUAAGAAAUGGACUAGUUGAUUGACAAAGACCUACCUCCAGACUAUAAAUGGAAUGAACUUGUUGUUUCUUUCAGCAUUAGUUUUUCUUAAGAUUGAAACAUUUAGGACUGCAAAUAAAUAAAUAAAUAAAUCCCUAAUCAAAACUAUUUUCGUAAAAGAACUUUGUGGAAAAUGAACACAUAUUAAUUACUUUCAUAUUAAAAAUUACCCUUCAAAGAAACUUGAAAUUUGUAGGUGGGAGGCAACAAGCUCAGCCUUUUGCAUAAUGCAAUCACAAAUGUGUGUGUGUUUAAAAAACUAGUAGAUUGUAUGAGAAUACUUGUCAAGUAUUUUCAUGUAUUUUUCACAAAUGUGAUUUUUUUUGUAAUAUGUGUCAACCAGAUUUAUUUUAAAUGCUUCCUAUGUAGAGUUUGUUUAAUACUUCUGUCUUCUCUCUCUCUCUCUCUCUCUCUCUCUCUUUGUGCCUCUCACACACAGCCAAUAUGUCUUCUUGUUAACAUUGUUUUACUAUUUGGGCCAGGGGUAGUUUCUCAGGAAGGCUUUCUCCAGUAUGACUUUAGUACUUAGCCAAAUGCAACUAAGGAAAACUACUUACUGGCUGCUUCACAAGAGAGAAUAUUAAGACACAAGGGCUUCCCUGAGAAACAAGAGUACAUCUUGUUGGGGGACACUAAAAAAGGAGUUUAUAAGCAAAAUAAAACAAAGGCAACCUGGGCCUAAUCUACACCAAGCAGGAUAUUGCACUGUGAAAGCAGUAUAUAAAAGACAAGAGCAAAACUACUGCUUUAUAGUGGUACUGAAGUGCACUGACAACUGUUGGGGCCCAUUGACACAUACCAUAUACUGCUUUCAUACCGCUUUCAUAGUGCAAUAUCCUGCUUGGUGUAGAUUAGGCCCUAACGUUACCUAACAUGUGAACCGUUGUUGGAAGAAAACAUCUAAUUGUCUAAUAGGGACACUGGGUGAGGACUCUAAAAUUUCAUACUACACUAUAACCAUGGGUUUUUAAGACCUAGGCCACAUUCCUAAGUUCCAUGGGUUCAAUGUGUACACAAGUUCCAUUCAGGAAGGAGGCUGUGGCAUUUCCGUCAGUUUUAGGGAGUGCUCUGAAUACACUAUGGGAAAUCUCUAUUGUGCACAUGAGAGUAUUCUCUGAAUCGUUGAAGAAAAUUAGGUAGCCCUUGCCUGCAUGGCGUUCCAUGUGGGCAUUGUACUGGAACUGCUGGAUCAGCUUAACAGCAUGAAAAGAAACAAAUCUUAUUGAUGGAUGUGUGUCAGACAUCAAACUCCAAGAAACUUACAGCUCUGAUCAAGUUAAAUCUUAUAUUUUCUAUAUAUUGUAGAACAAUCAAAACACAUUACUACCUCUCAGGGUCUUCUAUACCUCAUUUUUCAGACUGAAAAUAAAUGUUUGUGGCCACUGAAACAGAAAGAACAUCAUAAAAUUUUUAUAUAUAUAGUUUAUUUUUGUGGGAGAUAAAUUUUAUAGGACUGUUCUUUGCUGUCCUUGGUCACUGCAAAAUAAGACUGGACAUUAACUUUCUUGCCAUUUCUGCAAGAUAGAUAGGCUUGCAGAAGAAAGGUAUCAAGAUGUAUAACUACAGUUUACUUUUUUCUGUUUUCCUUGCCUAUCUCUUAGCUCUUUGCUUUGUUAUUCAUAUAGAGUUGCUGUCUAUGAUUGUACUUUGAAUUGCUUGCUUGUUGAACAUGUUCCUUUAAUGGAUUAUCACCGUCUGUUCAGCGCAAUAAACAUAAUAGCCUCUGUAAUCCCCAUGUUAUUUGAUUCCUAGCGUUUUGUCACAGCUCCAUGAAAUAAGCAA